CGUGGUGAAAUUCGUACUCUAUUUUUCCAGUUCUAGGAUUAAUCAGAAAUAUUCCUUCAGCCAGCCAUUGAAAUUUAAUAAGUCAUAACAGCUCUCUGCUAUGCCUCCAGUAAAAUCAAACCCAAUUAAAGUUCCACAGCCUCUUGCAACAACUGUCAAAAAGAAGAAGAAGUAUUUCUUCAAAUCGUCCAAUAACGGAAGCAUAAAAAAAAAUCCAGUACUGAAAGAACAACUGAAACCAAAACACCCAAAAAAUGUUGCUAGAUUGCCAACUAAGGCUGAUGAGGCAUCUUCAAAUUGGAAGACACUGAGCAUGCAGAUUAAACCAGUGCAGUCAAAAGGUAGGUUAUUAUACCUAGAAAGGAAGAAAAAGGCGACAGCAAAGAAGGACGAAGAAAAUGCUGAAAGAAUUACAACUUUUAAAGAAACUAGUGAAGAUCUUGGUGUCUGGUUUGAUGAUGUUGACCCAAUUUUUUUGGACAAUCAAAAUAAUUCUGUGACAAACACACUUCAAAGUGGCUCCAGUGGAAAAUCCACAGAGCUUACUAAAGUUUUAGCUUUGGAUUGUGAAAUGGUUGGAAUUGGAAGUGAUGGAAAGGAAUCAGCGCUAGCAAGGGUGUCAAUUGUAAACCAGCAUGGAGAAUGUGUUUAUGACAAAUUUGUUUUACCUGGAGAAGAAGUAACAGACUACAGAACAUCCUUUUCAGGAAUAAGACCUCACAAUUUAAAAAAUGCAACUCAACUUGGAAUUGUCUGCCAUGAAGUAGCUGAAAUUCUAAAAGGUCGAAUUUUGAUUGGACACGGCUUAAACCACGAUUUGGAAGUACUCAUGAUCAAACACCCCAAAUCGAACAUUCGGGAUACGUCACGAUUCAAAGUGUUUCGUUCAGUAGUAAAUGGAGCAACACCAAGUUUGAAAAGGCUGGCACAACAAUUUUUGGGUAUUGAAAUUCAAACGGGAGAACACAGUUCGGUACAAGAUGCGCAAGCUGCAUUACGUUUAUAUACGAUGUUUCAUCAACAAUGGGAAGCAGAUUUGAUUGCGCGAAAGGCAGAAAGGAAUUCCAAAAUUGUGAAGGGGAAAAAAUCAAGCAAGGGAAGCAUUCAGAGCAAGGACAGCAUCCAGUAGUAAUCCUCCAAAUGUAUCAAUGUUGUUAAUACUUCUUGACACUUCUGUAAUGUGUACUUCUCAUACAAUAAAAUUUUGAUGCACUU